AUGCCGUUGGUAAAGCGCCGUAUAGAGCCCAGACACCUGUGUCGAGGUGCGGUACCUGAUGAGGUCACCAGUGAACUGGAGUGUGUUACCAACAGCACUCUCGCUGCCAUCAUCAAACAGCUGGGCAGUCUAAGUAAGUACUGUGUUUCAGGGUCGAGUUUCCCUUAGGUACAGAUCUAGGAUCAGAUCCCCUCCACAAAUCCUAACAUUAACUUUAAAUGGAGAAAAUGCAAAAAUUGACCCAAGAUCAGCGUCUAGGUGCAACUUCACUAUACACCAGUGGCAGACGGUGCAGUUUUAUUUUUAAUGAGCAUGGCCUUAUUUCUAUUACAGCAUAUUGGAUGACUGUCAUUCAUAUUCCAUUCACCCAGAUCAAUGUAACAUCGAUAGGUUUAGGCUACUACAUGAUACUCAAAUUUUCCCUGUAACCAUCAUGAGGUUGCUACAACCUAGCCUAUGAAUGAAAGUUUAUAACGUAGGUACACAGGUUGAGAGAUACAUUUGAGGGAUCAAGGUGACAGACAGUGACACAUUCAAUACCGCCUUGCACACUCUUGCCUGCAUCUAGCUGGUCUAGCUGGGUGUAAUCAUUAGUUCAACAGCGCAAACAAGAGUUUUCUAUUGGAAGAAUUCAGGUAGGUUUAUUUCCGUUUGCUUCCAUUUAAGAAACGUUUUUUAAACAGGAUUGGCGGAAUGAAUACACCCCUGAUCACGCGCACACACAGUUCACUUUCAUAGCAGCCACGUAUAAAGAUCAUCUUUUUUUUUUUAGGGGGUAGAUCAGCUUUAAUAGUGCAGAUAGGCUGUAGAUUCCAUCAAUGUAAUUGUCUGCAUAAUUUCCAAUCUCCCAUAUAUUGUUUUGUAAAUAUAUACAGUACCAGUCAAAAGUUUAGACACCUACUCAUUCAAGGGUUUUUCAUUAUUUAGAAAAAAAUUACAUUGUAGAAUAAUAGUGAAGACAUCAAAACUAUGAAAUAACACAUAUGGAAUCAUGCAAUCUCUUGGCAUUAUCUCAACCAGCUUCAUGAGGUAGUCACCUGGAAUGCAUUUCAAUUAACAGGUGUGCCUUCUUAAUUAUUCUUAAAAUUAAUUUGUGGAAUUUCUUUCCUUCUUAAUGCGCUUGAGCCAAUCAGUUGUGUUGUGACAAGGUAAGGGGGGUAUACAAAAUAUAGCCCUAUUUGGUAAAAGACCAAGUCCAUAUUAUGGCAAGAACAGCUCAAAUAAGCAAAGAGAAACGACAGUCCAUCAUUACUUUAAGACAUGAAGAUCAGUCAAUACGGAAAGUUUCUUCAAGUGCAGUCGCAAAAACUAUCAAGCGCUAUGAUGAAAUGUGCUCUCAUGAGGACCGCCACAGGAAUGGAAGACCCAGAUUUACCUCUGCUGCAGAGGAUAAGUUCUUUAGAGUUACCAGCCUCAGAAAUUGCAGCCCAAAUAAAUGCUUCACAGAGUUCAAGUCACAGACACAUCUCAACAUCAACUGUUCAGAGGGGACUGUGUGAAUCAGGCCUUCAUGGUCCAAUUGCUGCAAAGAAACCAUUACUAAAGGACACAAGAAGAAGAGACCUGCUUGUCCUUUGGUCUGGAGUCCAAAUUUGAGAUUUUUGGUUCCAACCGCCGUGUCUUUGUGAGACGCGGUGUGGGUGAACGGAUGAUCUCCGCAUGUGUAUUUCCCACCGUAAAGCAUGGAGGAGGAGGUGUGAUGGUGUGGGGGUGCUUUGCUGGUGACACUGUCUGUGAGUUAUUUAGAAUUCAAGGCACACUUAACCAGCAUGGCUACCACAGCAUUCUCCAGUGAUACGCCAUCCCAUCUGGUUUGGGCUUAGUGGGACUAUCAUUUGUUUUUCAACAGGACAAUGACCCAACACACCUCCAGGCUGUGUAAGGGCUAUUUUACAAAGAAGGAGAGUGAUGGAGUGCUGCAUCAGAUGACCUGGCCUCCACAAUCCGACCUCAACCCAAUUGAGAUGGUUUGGGAUGAGUUUGAUGGCAGAGUGAAGGAAAAGCAUCCAACAAGCUCAGCAUAUGUGGGAACUCCUUCAAGACUAUUGGAAACGUGUGCAAAGCUGUCAUCAAGGCAAAGGGUGGAUAUUUGAAGAUUCUCAAAUAUAAAAUAUAUUUUGAACACUUUUUUGUUUACUACAUGAUUCCAAAUGUGUUAUUUCAUAGUUUGAUGUCUUCACUAUUAUUCUACAAUGUAGAACAUUUUAAAAAUAAAGAAAAACCCUGGAAUGAGUAGGUGUGUCCAAACUUUUGACUGGUACUGUCUACAUAUACAUAUCCUUUUAAAAUAUAUUUUCCUUUAUUAUUUUCCCCUAGCCCCACCACCCCUCCUAAUUGGAGUAAACUAAUGGACAACAACAUAUAGGCUUUUACUUCCAUAUAUAUUCUAUAUAUAUCAUAUAUAUAUAUCAUAUAUAGCUAUAUACAUUCUACCAUCAACCCCUCCCAUCCAUCUCCGAAGCCCAUCCAGCUUGAUUUCUACUUUGCCAUAUAUUUUUAACUGUGCUGUUUCACAAAAGUUCCGAACCCAUAUACAUUUUACGGACACAGCAUAUUUUACAUUAGUUAUCUUGUUGAUUUUUAAUCCCACCAUUCAGCUCCACUCAACCCCUCCCAUCUAUCCCCCAACACCAUACAUUUUGUAUUUAUAUUUGCCAUAUAUUUUUCAAAUGUGCUGUGAUGUUUCACAAAAGUUCUGAACCUUCCUAUUCUCAUAGUUUCUACAGAUUGUAAAUUAAAGAUACAGAUUUUUGCUAAAAGUAUUAUAAUAUUGUUGAUCGAUUGACUAUGUAGUUCUAUCUGCAGAGUUAGCUCCAGGUAAAUGUUGCACUUUUUCAACCAUUCCUGGACCUGCGACCAAAAUCAAGCUACAUAUGGACCGUACCAAAACAAAUGAUCUAAUGAUUCUGUCUCUUCGCAGCAAAAUCUGCAGAGCUGGGAUGGUUGUAUCCCCCAUAUACAGUGGGGAAAAAAAGUAUUUAGUCAGCCACCAAUUGUGCAAGUUCUCCCACUUAAAAAGAUGAGAGAGGCCUGUAAUUUUCAUCAUAGGUACACGUCAACUAUGACAGACAAAAUGAGAAAAAAAAUCCAGAAAAUCACAUUGUAGGAUUUUUAAUGAAUUUAUUUGCAAAUUAUGGUGGAAAAUAAGUAUUUGGUCAAUAACAAAAGUUUCUAAAUACUUUGUUAUAUACCCUUUGUUGGCAAUGACACAGGUCAAACGUUUUCUGUAAGUCUUCACAAGGUUUUCACACACUGUUGCUGGUAUUUUGGCCCAUUCCUCCAUGCAGAUCUCCUCUAGAGCAGUGAUGUUUUGGGGCUGUCGCUGGGCAACACGGACUUUCAACUCCCUCCAAAGAUUUUCUAUGGGGUUGAGAUCUGGAGACUGGCUAGGCCACUCCAGGACCUUGAAAUGCUUCUUACGAAGCCACUCCUUCGUUGCCCGGGCGGUGUGUUUGGGAUCAUUGUCAUGCUGAAAGACCCAGCAACGUUUCAUCUUCAAUGCCCUUGCUGAUGGAAGGAGGUUUUUCACUCAAAAUCUCACGAUACAUGGCCCCAUUCAUUCUUUCCUUUACACGGAUAAGUCGUCCUGGUCCCUUUGCAGAAAAACAGCCCCAAAGCAUGAUGUUUCCCACCCCCAUGCUUCACAGUAGGUAUGGUGUUCUUUGGAUGCAACUCAGCAUUCUUUGUCCUCCAAACACGACGAGUUGAGUUUUUACCAAAAAGUUCUAUUUUGGUUUCAUCUGACCAUAUGACAUUCUCCCAAUCCUCUUCUGGAUCAUCCAAACGCACUCUAGCAAACUUCAGACGAGCCUGGACAUGUACUGGCUUAAGCAGGGGGACACAUCUGGCACUGCAGGAUUUGAGUCCCUGGCGGCGUAGUGUGUUACUGAUGGUAGGCUUUGUUACUUUGGUCCCAGCUCUCUGCAGGUCAUUCACUAGGUCCCCCCGUGUGGUUCUGGGAUUUUUGCUCACCGUUCUUGUGAUCAUUUUGACCCCACGGGGUGAGAUCUUGCGUGGAGCCACAGAUCGAGGGAGAUUAUCAGUGGUCUUGUAUGUCUUCCAUUUCCUAAUAAUUGCUCCCACAGUUGAUUUCUUCCAACCAAGCUGCUUACCUAUUGCAGAUUCAGUCUUCCCAGCCUGGUGCAGGUCUACAAUGUUGUUUCUGGUGUCCUUUGACAGCUCUUUGGUCUUGGCCAUAGUGGAGUUUGGAGUGUGACUGUUUGAGGUUGUGGACAGGUGUCUUUUAUACUGAUAACAAGUUCAAACAGGUGCCAUUAAUACAGGUAACGAGUGGAGGACAGAGGAGCCUCUUAAAGAAGAAGUUACAGGUCUGUGAGAGCCAGAAAUCUUGCUUGUUUGUAGGUGACCAAAUACUUAUUUUCCACCAUAAUUUCCAAAUAAAUUCAUAAAAAAUCCUACAAUGUGAUUUUCUGAAAAGAAAAAUCUCAAUUUGUCUGUCAUAGUUGACGUGUACCUAUGAUGAAAAUUACAGGCCUCUCUCAUCUUUUUAAGUGGGAGAACUUGCACAAUUGGUGGCUGACUAAAUACUUUUCCCCCCCACUGUAUAUAACAUUAUAUUGGUUGCAAGAAGUUUGUAUAAUAAUUUAAAUUGAAAAAGUUUUGAAUCCAGCGCUGUUUUGCGUAUCAGUUCAUAAACCAUGUGCCAUGGAAUCGGUACAUCGAAAAUCUCUUAUCAACUAUUUGCAAUCUAUAUGGCACAGCUGUACAUUUUUUGGUCCUUAAAUGAAACUGGUAUACUUUUUUAUUUAUCGCAAUUUUCUUUAACCAAUUUUGGUCUUUAAUGCAGGGCCAACAGACAAGUUCCCUCUUCCAUUUUUGCGGUAAUGCUGCAAUUAGUUGGUUGUAAUUUUGGGUAGAGCAGACAUUUCCAUAUAUUUGUGUUAGCUGCAUGUAUGUCAUAACUCCACCAGUCAUAUUUAUGAUAUAAUUUACAAAGAUUAUACCUGUUUAAAUUUUUGGGGUGAAAAAUAUAGUUUUUUUCAAUCAAUUAGGGUAUUUGAGUUUAACCACAAUAUUCAUUGUAUUAUUUGUAUUUUCUGGUGGAUUAAACUGAAAUUGAAACCAACUUUCUAUGGCUUGUUUUAAAAAUAGCGAUAUUUUGGAGAUUAUUUCAUUUUCAAAUAACCGAAAGUCAAUCAAUCAAUCAAAUUGUAUUUAUAAAGCCGUUUUUACAUCAGCAGAUGUCACAAAGUGCUAUACAGAAACCCAGCCUAUAACCCCAAACAGCAAUGCAGAUGUAGAAGCGCGUGAGAAAGUGAGAGGUUGUAAUCUGAAUAAAGGGAGAAAGCCCAUUCUUGAACAUGGCAUCAACACUGUUCAUUGUAUAAUUCCUUGUAUAAUUGUAUAAUUCCUUGUAUAAUUCCUUUUUGCAUCUCCUCCUUUAAUUUUUUCCCUUCGCUUGUGGACUUCAGUGCAGAACGCAACAGCUGUCUGUGACCAGGCCAAAAAAAACUUUCCAAGCCAAACCUUCAUAGCAUAACCGCUAACCGCUACACACAGCCUACAUUGUUGUCACCAUAUUAGCUAACGUCAUAGUCAACAUAACUACUAAAACUAACGCAUUCGUAAACCCGCUACAAUCACGCAAUACAGUGUACAGUCAGCAGUUUAGCAGAUUAGCAGUUACACCGGCGGGCCCCGGUGGCAAUAAAUUAAUAAAACCGAAAGCUGACCUUGACGUGGAAGAGUACCAGUGUUGGAUAGCCUUAGCCUUAGCCAGCUAGCUAACAUAGUUAGCAUUCCUCUCUGUUUGAGUAAGCUAAGUUAAAGUGAAAAAAAUACACCUAAAUAUAGCUAGCUCUCUCUGUCUAUCUCUCUCUGCUGCUUCUCCUUAAUUUUUUAAGAAAUUAAUUUGUUUAAAACUGUUCAACUAUUCUCUUUCUCUCUCUUUGAGUCAACUACUCACCACAUUGUAUGCACUGCAGUGCUAGCUAGCUGUAGCUUAUGCUUUCAGAACUAGAUUCAUUCUCUGAUCCUUUGGUUGGGUGGACAACAUGUCAGUUCAUGCUGCUAGAGCUCUGAUAGGUUGGAGGACGUCCUCCGGAAGUUGUCAUAAUUACUGUGUAGGUCUAUGGAAGGGGUGAGAACCAAGAGCCUCCUAGAUUUUGUAUUGAAGGCAAUGUACCCAGAGGAGGACGGAAGCUAGCUGUCCUCCGGCUAAACCAUGGUGCUACCCUACAGAGUGCUGCUGUUAAGGCUACUGCAGACUUUCAUUGCAAAACACUGUGUUUUAAUCAGUUACUUGGUGACAUGUGAAUAUAUUUAGUAUAGUUUCAUCAUUUUGUUAAAACUUUUUAAACGUUUCACUAUUUGAAAAUUCACUGACUAGGAUGGUCCCCCCAUUCCUCCUCUGAGGAGCCUGUUCUACACCGUGUGUGUUGGGGUAGGACGGGGGUCUGUGUGUGUCUGUCUGUCUGCCUGCCUGCCUGCUUGCCUGUCUGCCUGCCUGCCUGUCUGUCUGUCUGUCUGUCUGUCUGUCUGUCUGUCUGUCUGUGUGUCUGCCUGUCCGUUUGCCUGUCUCUCUCUGUCUGUCUGUCUCUCUCUCUCUCUCUGUCUGUCUCUCUCUCUCUCUCUCUCUCUCUCUCUCUCUCUCUCUCUCUCUCUCUCUCUCUCUCUCUCUAUCUCUCUCUGUAUAUGUGUGAAGCAGACAAACAGGACAGGAGGACAUUUUUUAACAUGUAAGGCCAUGCUCACAUGCUCCUAAUGUAAAUCCCUCCUUCUCCUGGGUGGUGUGGUCUGUGCCUGCUAGGUGAUCCUGUAGGCUGAUCAGGUCUGCUGUAGAGGUUGAGAUAGAUUAGUGUGAGGCUGGGAAUAGAAUAAGUUGACCCUCUGACCCCAGACACCUGAAGGUAAUACUAAUCAUGUUGCUCUAUAGCUCCUAUUGGAUAGAUGAGUCGAGUUGUGUGGAAAAUGUAUUAAAUUAGCAAAAAGGGCUUCCUCCACAAGAGAGUCAUCUUACUUUAUUGAGUCCAUUGUAAUAACCAAGCCUAGCUGCAGAGUAAAGAUAGUCACUACAAAAGCAGAGUGGUUGCUAAUGCAAACUCUCAAGUGUAGCAGCCAUUGGAGUAAGUACACAUUGUUAUUGUGGUUUGUGGUCUAAUGGUUCUCCUUUGGGGAUAUUCUAGAAUAUUCUAGAAGCUUCUAGAAUGUUCUAGAAGCUUCUCGACAUUUUAAGACACAUACCUCUUCACCUGUAGGUGUUAUUGUGUUCCAUAUAGGGAUUGCACUUAGAUUGAACGUCAGUAGAAAAUGAAGUGCAUGAUUAAUAUGUGGUGUGUCUAUAUGCAAUCAGAACUAUACCAGGGAGUCGUCGGUCGUUAUAUCUAGUCAAUAACAGUAACGUCACAAAAACAUCACCUUGCAAUGUUACAGGAGGUGCUGUUGUUUUGAUAUACAGUAUAUUGUAAUAUAUUCCACUGGGGAUAUGCAGGGUCCCUGGACAAUUAGAUGUGGAGACACACACACACACACACACACACACACACACACACACACUCGCACUCUGGAGCGGGCAGACUAUAAUGUAUUGUUCUCCGCUGGAUGUCAGACAGCAGCUCUGCAGGAGGCACAGCACCCUGCAGAGAGACGAUACAGAAUCCCAGCCCAUUGAUUAAGCUCUGUGUUAUCGCCUGUGUGUGUGUGUGUGUGUGUGUGUGUGUGUGGUGUGUCCCCUGCAGGCCGUCAUGCGGAGGACAUCUUUGGGGAGCUGUUCAACGAAGCCAACAGCUUCUACAUGAGAAUGAACAACCUACAGGAGAGAGUAGACCUACUGGCUGUCAAAGUCACACAGCUAGACUCUACCGUGGAAGAAGGUGUGUGGGGGGAUCGGGGGCUCUGCAGUGCAGGUUUGGUUGAAUGCAGUUCUCUGUCUUUACAGUGGGUUCUGCAGUGGAGCUUCACUGA